UGAAAAAUUCAAAUUUCUAAAUAGCUUUUGUUUCUGAUUGAACAAUAAAAAAUAAAAUUCGGAAUUAUUAACCAGUUACGUUUUAACGCGGUGUAAAAAUUAAAUUAGAUCAUAAUUAGCAACACAUUUAUAAAAUGCGCAUACUAACCUUAAACCUAUUACGAAAUUGUAACUUCGAUCUUAAUAAACUGCGAUUUCUCUGUUCUACUGAAAAGGUUAUACAGCCGAAAGGCGAGAUACAGAAAAUAAUUGAAUGUAAUUUUUAGGUGACCUUCGCUUGAUAGAAUUUCAUCCGUCAUGGAAAGCUGACGAGGAAACAGACUUAAGAAAGCAGGUCCUACGCGAUAUGCGAGUGAUUCCUGAAUUUAUUAACGAGGCAGAAGAAAUUUCUCUGCUAUCUGAGGUGGAACCACAGCUUAAACGGAUGAGAUAUGAGUUUGAUCAUUGGGACAAUGCAAUAGAAGGCUAUCGUGAAACAGAGCGUAAGGCAUGGAAUGAGCAGAACAGUGUGACACUGGCAAGAGUUCGGUCAGUUGCAUUUGAAAAUGGUGUAGAGCUUCUACCGCAUACACAUAUCUUAGACCUUGCUCCGGCAGGGUAUAUUAAGCCUCAUGUUGAUGCUAUUCGGUUCUGUGGUGACACCAUAGCAGGUCUAUGCCUGUUAUCUGGAGCUGUAAUGAGGCUCAUGCAUGAGAACACACCUGAUUAUGUCUUAGAUGCAUUGCUACCUAGAAGAUCACUUUACAUAAUGAGCGGCGUGGCGCGAUACCAGUUUAAUCACGCGGUUUUGUCCAAUGAAAAAAGUGUAUGGCGUGGAGGUAAACUGCUCAAGAAGCGGCGUGUUGCAAUUAUUACCAGAGAACAACCAAAAAAACCAGCAGAUAUAAUUUAAAAAAUCUAUUCAUCCUUAUUGCUACUCAGAACUCUUUAUUUUAUAAGGAAGACCUUAAAAUUACAGUGAUAUUAAUCUCCAUACAAAUAUGGGUUCUGUAACAGUAGUUCCAAACCCAGAUUUCAUAAAGUUGGCACUUCUUGUGACUAAGUUUUUAUAAAAUUGUCUGUGAUAACUUGUUACUAAUUGUAUAAAAUAGAAUAUCCCUAUAGCUUUAUUAUUUAUUAAAUUUUACUGUUACCAACUAUUUAUA